AUGGCAGCUUCUCACACAAUUCAGAUAUGGAACCAACACGUCUUACUCAGUGAACACACAUGGCGAGUUUUGCGAACAUCGUACCGGGAAAACUACCAGUGGCAAGCCGUGGACAUUGUGUUUACCAACAUCCAUGGUGUAUGCACAGUUGGAGGGGCCAGCCUCUCCAGGAGCAUUAACGAUCUACGUGUUUUUGUUGUUCAUCUGGAGAAAUCAACGCUACUCGAGGCAAAAUCCUUUGGCGCAGCAGAAGCUUACGAAUUGUUCUUGCAGAGUCUCCUAGCGUCGGUGGCCCAAGGUGGUCAAGAGCGAUUAAUCAAGCUCAUAGUCCCACUGGCAAAGGGAUACAUAGUGCGGUCGGAUAUUAUCAAUAUACGUCUUCACGAUUGUUUUCUUGUCGAGCAAAUUAGAUCCUUUACAAAACCACUGCAACGCUACGAAAGUGAAACCUCCCCUAUUGUGGUCUUUGACAAAGACGACAUCUCCUUACCAGCAAUAUUUGCUGCAGCUGCAGCCUGCAUACUCGUGCGUCCGGUGCCCCAGGCUGAGUGGGAAACUGUAUCCCAGCAGUUGGACGAAGAACUUGAUAAUCGACUCUCGUUCCCAUGGAUUAUUCCAGAGACAGCCCGCCAGAAAACUCUCGUGCUUGUGGAAGCGAACAGCUCCCACCAGGAAGAUGGGCUUGGGCUCUAUACUGCUGCUGCGGCUCUAGGAAUUAGUUUGGUUGUCUUGGAUAACGCAGGGCACUGGCUUGAAAGCCCUAAUAACGCCCAUAUAUGUGAGGCUUUCAUUCCAACAAAACUGACUAACCCUCCAACAAAGGAUAUGAAGGAUCACAUCCUCGCAUCUUUACGGGUAUACGGUAAGCCUGUGGACGGCAUCGUCACUUUUGCGGACACCUACUGGCCUUAUGUCGCCGAGGCCGCCAAGGUUAUGGGCCUGCCAGCCGCAUCGCCAGAGGGCUUCAGGGUUGCCACAAAUAAGUAUCUUACAAGUGUAUUCGCCGGUCACCAAGCCUAUCGUGCAUCGAGUCUCGCUGAAGCUGUCUCGAUAGCUGAGGAGCAAGACCUCCCUUAUCCUUUGAUUAUAAAACCCUGUGGGGGAUGGAGUUCUGAAGGGGUAUACCGUGUCGAUUCACGUAGCGCCCUUGAGGAUGCAGUGAACGCGAUUAUUGCUUCCCGUCACGGACCCGAGUUCGUCAUUGAGCCCUACUGCGACGGACCCGAGGUUGAUGUCAAUCUUGUACUACAGGACGGAGAGCUGCUGUUCUUCGAGGUGUGCGAUGAUUUACCAAAGUCGGCCGAUGUCAAUGGACCAAGCCUUGGUUCUUUAACCAACUUUCAUGAGCUGUGCAGUGUUUAUCCCUCAAACCUACCCGAGGCGGAGAUUGAGCUUCUGCGCGAAACGUUUCUGGAUAUGCUAUUGUCGCUUGGGCUAAGGAGUGGGGUCAUGCACCUGGAAGGACGCAUAGAAAACUCUGUGGUUGAGUAUACGACGAAGGACGGGGUUAUGGUGCUCUCCCCACGGACCAACGACAGUAAUCGUACACCAAGGGCAUGGCUCAUUGAGAUCAACCCUCGCCCUCUAGGAAUGACAGGCUCCCAAAUCAUUGAAUCCACGUACGGAAUCGACUACUGGGGCUUGGCAUUACUUUCAGCUGUGGGUGAUACGACUCGCGUUCGUGCUCUUGCCCGCCCAUUCCUCAAGGGACCACAGUACACCAGUGUCAUGGUUUUCAUUCCGGCCGAUUUUUCCUCCUCGUGUGAAGGUAUAUUUGACUCAGAAGACAUCUGCGCGGACCUCGUUGCACGAAGGCCCGAUCUCAAAGCAUUCAUUAGUAAAUGUGGUUGUCUUGUAAAACGAGGGCAACAUGUCCCACAUCCAUGCACCGGUCGGAACACAUUUCUAGCUUAUUUCAAUGUUUUCUCGCGUAAUAGUCGCGAAGAAGCAUUGGAUAUUGCCAAAAAAGUUCGAGAGGCAGUCAGGUAUACUUUUAUUUGA